AUGGCACCCACCACGACAGAUAGCAAGGGCCUCCCGCCAAGCAAAUAUCUUUGUCUUACCAUUCUCGGCUACCGUAAGCCUGGCAUGAGUGAGGAGGCCUAUCGUCGCCAUAUGAUCGAAGUUUCGGCGCCACUGACUAAGGACCUCAUGACAAAGUAUGGCAUCAAGCGCUGGACCGUCAUUCAUAACCCAGUGGAGACGAGAAAGCUGAUGACGUAUCUUUACGAUCGACAAAUGUCCAACAUAUCCGACAUCGACUGCUUUAGCCAAGUUGUUUUUGAAGAUCUCGAGGCUUACAAGCGGAUGAAGACGGACCCGUGGUACAAGAAGCAUUUGUUUGGCGAUCAUGAAAAUUUCGCGGACACGGAGAGAAGCCAAAUGACGAUUGGGUGGAUUGAGGAAUGGGUCCACGACGGUGAAACUAGGGAAAAUAUGAGUGCGCCUUGGGCGUCCUUCAAACCCAAGCCGGUGCAGUCGUUGGCAGUGCGUGUCGCGGAUGUAUCGUCUCGGGCUGCUAUUAUCACGCUGCUGCUAUACUGCGCGGUGAAGCUAUCCCAAUAA